UCCACACAACGCUUUCUACUUCCAAGUUUCAACCCAUGUAAAGGGUAAAGCCUUCGUCGUCUACUUUCGUUCUAGUCUUAAGAGCGAAGAAAGUCGGAGUUUAAAUUAGAGAGAGAAAGCGGAGAGAGAAAACAAGGCUCCACCUCCACGCGAAGGAGCUCUCAAGCAACUAAGCAAGAAAAUCAUGGGUGGCGAUAGAAAUUCCUCUCUUGAAGAAGAUUCUUCGUCUGAGCAAGCAUGGCCAGAGUUAUCACUUCCAACACCCAGGAAGGGUGGUUUGGACACGGAGUUGGAUGAUGGUACAGUGAGUGAAGAACAUGGAUCGGUGAUAGGGGAGUUUGGUGAUGUGAGUCAUCGAAUUUCUUCAAAUUCUUUGGAUGUCAAAGCCUAUCAAAGGAAGAAACUCGGUGCUUUUAGUCAAGUGUUGCGGAGUUACGAUGAAUUACAGAGGCGGAUUGGGAAUUUGGAGGAUGCCAAGAGUAAAAUCUUGAGCUAUAACCCUGGAGCAUGGAUUGAGAAGGUUGGAGGCAUGCAGUUGAGUGAUUUUGACGUACCAAAGACCACGUCGCUUUUAUUGAUUGGUCCCAAGGGAUCUGGAAAAAGCAGCCUUGUUAAUAGAAUUUCAAGGGUGUUUGAAGUUGACAAGUUUGCAUCAGAAAGGGCCCAAGUAUCAUAUAAUUUGUCUACUGGGGAUGGGACCUUUUUCCUACAGGAAUAUAUGAUUCCACGAUGUUCAACUUCUUUCUGUCUAUAUGACACGCGAGGCCUAUCUGAAGUUUCAUCUGAAGACAUGGAAAUGCUGAAGCGUUGGAUGACAAAAGGUGUUCGUCAUGGAGAGCUGGUUAUCAGGGAUUCAGAUAGUUCAAGUGUAAAGACCAGAAUGAAGUACAAAGAUCGCCAGAUUGGUUACUACAGUGAGAUCAGGAAGGUCAAUUUUGUUAUAUUUGUUGUCAAUGGGCUUUCAGUUCUGAAAUCCAUGGACAGUAGCGAUGAUGUUGCAGCAGCAGAGACACGGUAUAUUCAAAUAAUCGCUACAACUUUCAACUGCCCAUUCUUGUCAUUUAAAGAUAACAAGCCUGUUAUUGUUGUUACACAUGGAGACUUACUUUCACUUUCUGAACGUGCUCGUGUUCGUGUUCGUUUGGGAGAGCUGCUUGGUAUUGAUCCAGUGAAACAAAUUUUUGACAUCCCAGAAAGCUGCGAUCCAGCAACUGAGUUGACAGUAGUCAAUUUGUUACGUUAUUCGCUCGAACAUGCUGACAGAAAUCUACCUGGCAAGGGAAGGUCUAUGGUCAAGGAUUUUAAAGUAUCUCUACCUGCAUUUUUGUUCGUGGUAAUAAUCCUGGGGAUUGCCAUUACUGCAGCAGCCCAUAUUUAUGGUACUCGUGGACAUUGUGCUCGCAAGCAUAGUGCCUCUAAUUCCGAUAUCCAUAUAGAUUGGCAUAAAAUCCGACACCUGUGGUAGGAAUCGGAAUAUAAUUAGCUUACGUGUAUAUGUCAUGCUCGUAAAAUCCAAAACAUACUGUAUAUAAACCAAAUGUCUUAUGCUCGAAGUACAUGUAUUUGUGUUUUCUACAUCCACGUGUAGCUUUUCUCAAAUUGGGUAAAUUUACCCACUCCGACUGGAUUAGCAUGCAAUGGAUUAUUGUAUACUGUUUAAUUUAUGCAAAGUGGUUUCUACAGUUGUACCCAAAAUAUAUUUUAAACACUUUCGGGUUUCAUGUACUGAAGCGCUUUUGCUGUUA